ACCAGGUGGCUCCAUUUGUUCAGCCUGGUGGAGAGGCAAUGCCAAGAGCAGAUAGUCACACAGCAAAAAGUAUUCUGUCAUCAAAUCCACUAACCAACUGUUCCUGAAAUUGAAACAAAUAUACAGAGGUAUUGUUGUUUUUACCGUUCUCGUUUUCCCUUCGUACGUUGGUCUGCAUUUCCUUUUCCUUUGUUUAAUUUCCGGGCGAAUUUUUGCCAUUCAUCAUUCACAGAAAUACUCGCUUGUGCAUCCAUGUCUGAGGUUGCGUGUUGCAUUGGAGAAGGGAGACUACUUACCGAAAAAUAAUUAUUUCCUGCCUUUUUAUGUUUGGGAAAGGGUCUGGAAGGAAUGCCAGUCCACAAAACGUUGCUUGCUCCAAACCUGAGCAUUGACUAAAGUGUUUUGUUUUUUGGGGGGGCUUAAUUCUCAAACUGUGUCUGUGUCCGAUUCGUGGUGGUGCUUUUACGUCUUGAGUUUGUCGUGAUAUUAACAUCGUGCGUUGUUGGUUUAAGAGGGAAAAGUUUCUAACUUGUAAUUCUUUGUUGAGAGAAGCAAGCUAGCCCAGCCCAGCGCUCAAAUUGUCUUCUUUCAUUUAAGGCCCCUUGGAUGGAUUGUUCUUUUUCCCUUUACACUUCCAUGCAAAAUUUGUUGGGGGUGAGAGUCUGAUUCUGUCUCAGCCAAACCCCAGGAAUGCCUCCAUGCAUGUGUUGCAAAAAGAGAGUUAUAAAAGAAAUGUCUAAGUAGUCAUUCGUCUACCAUAACAUAUUUUGGCAUGUUGUGUGUGCGUGUGCAUAUAUGUGAAAAUGUCUCCCGGACGUGACUAAAAUGUGGCUCUUCUUGUGCAGCUGAUGAGAUGCUGCCUAUUUGAUUAAAAGAUUUGUUUUUUAAUGAAAGGUCUUCUCCUCUUCCUCCUCCUC